AUGCUAAAAAAAUACCUCUUACAAAGCAAUUCGAAAGACUACUUCCAACAAAAAAGAGUACACACCAAAGAUUCUGAACACACUCGACAUUUUGAAUAGCACGUAGAUCUUAAAUACUAUAAUAAAGAAUUAUGUGAAGAGAAGUAUACAAACAGAAACAAAACCAGCAUUAAAACCAAUCGACAUGGAAGAAACCAGAAAAGAGGAGCUGUCUAAGUUUCGUUCCAUUUCACUUUAUAAUAAGAAAUAAGUUAGAGUACCAUCCUCAGCAGAGAAAUGUCGCUCUAAUGAGAAAAUUAAAGUUUUUAAUAUUUUCAACAGCACUCCAAGAAAUGUCAAGCCUAGUAGAUCUCAAUAAAUGUUGAAUGGAUUCAAAGAAAAAGUAGUCUAUUCAUCUCAUAGUCGAGUAAAUAAACUAUCACAAAUUUUAGUAAUAAUCUGCUGCUAAACAUCUAAUCUCAAGUAGAAUUAAUGAUUCCUAAGAAUUAUUACAGUAAGCGACUAAACCAAAUAUGAUACCAUUAAGAAGGUUUUUUAAAGAUAAUCAAGCCUAGUAGCAAAAAAAUAUUAAACUGGAAUUAGAAAAACAUAAAAAUAACAAUAUUUUGGAAUUAUUACUCCUAACCACUGGAGAAUUGAAGAAAAAAUUUGAAGAAGAACAGAAGUAACGAGAUAGCAAUAGUAGAUAAAACUCAGAAGAAAGAGUAAGGAUUAAAGUGAGAAAUAGCCAUAAAUUUCCUAAGGAUUUUUUUCUAUGA